AUGAACGUAAAAAAGACAAGCCUCGCUGUUGUGAUGCCAUCUCCAUGCCUUCACCAGCAUCCGCCUUUCCUCUCCUCCUCCCUGCUUUGCAUCUUUGGAGUGCUCAUCCUCGUGGUGCUCACUGGACGUGCUCUCACUGCUGAGACUGCCAAGGGCUUUGGAGUGCUCAUCCUCGUGGUGCUCACUGGACGUGCUCUCACUGCUGAGGCUGAAGCGGGGAGCAUGCACAUCCUACCUUGGGUGGACGAGUGUCUGUCAAAGGGGGAUGUGGCGGGCCUCAAGAUCAACGCCAGCAUGGACGUCCCAGAUGACCUGCUGCUGUGCCUCACUCGCCUCGCACUCACCUGCACGGUGGCACGCACAGCAAGCCGGCCAACCAUGGGAAGCGUUGCCAAUGAGCUGCAGGCGGUUAGGAACGAAGUGGGGGGGAAGGAGGAGGUGCGCGCAGCCAAGAAGGUGGAUGAGGAGGAUGAAGAGAGGAACAGUGUAGUUAAGGAACAGCCAAGCCUAACGGAAGAAUUGAACCUCAUUGGAUUACGUGCGUGA